AUCUUUUUCUAGGUGUGUCCAUCGGGUGCAAUUCUGGUCUUCGAUGUUCCCAGUAAAGGAAGUAAUAUUACCCUGUCUGAAGUCCUGGAGGAGCACAAGGAGUCCAUCACCGAUAUGGCCUCAGAGUGUUCUGGCAGCCAGGAGUGCAUUGCUAAUCUGGUCACUGCAGAUGAUGGGGGCAGCCUGUGUGUGUGGAAGUCCGGGGAGGAAUUCCAGCUGCUCAACAAAAUCCCUGGUUUUGACAUGAGCUGCUCCUCUGUGAAACUGUGGAAAGGUACAGUGGUGGCAGGUUACGGUACAGGCCAGAUCCGUCUCUAUGAGGCAGUGACGGGAAUUCUGCAUGCUGAGGUCAACGCUCAUGCUCGCUGGAUAUACUCACUGGACAUUGCUCCCUUUUCUGGACUGCUUCUGUCUGCUGCUGAAGACUCUCUAGUCAGAGUGUGGCUUCUGACUAUGACCCCAGAGACCAACAGCGUGGAGGUGGCACACUUGCAUAAUGAAUGUGUGACGGAUACACAGAUCUGUGGCGCCAAGUUCUGCGAUGGCGAUGGCUAUGCCUUUGCGGUGACAGGCUAUGAUCUGAGUGAGAUUAUCCGCUACGUACAGUCGUAGGACUUUGCCUUCAGUGAGGCUACGUUUUUGAAUGUGAAUUUGGCAUAUUACUUUUGGUAUCUUUGGCAUAUUGAACAUAGCCUAUUUUUUUUUUUUUUUUUUUGGGGGGGGGGGGGGGGGGGGGGGGGGGGGGGGGGGGGGGGGGGGGGGGGGGGGGGGGGGGGGGGGGGGGGGGGGGGGGGGGGGGGGGGGGGGGGGGGGGGGGGGGGGGGGGGGGGGGGGGGGGGGGGGGGGGGUAUUUCAUGUUAUUUCGUGUCUAUAUUUCUGUAAGUUAGAGGGAAAAUCGCAUAUGACUAAAUUAUGCAUAAGUGUUUAAAUAUUAUGUGUAUAUUUCAAAUACAAAUUUAUGUGGAAAUAGCUUUUAAAAACACAAGACAUAAUUAUUGUACCACACAACUGCUCCAGUAAACAUUUUAUAGAGAAA